AUGACCACUUUUUCCGCUCCGGUGCCUGCUACCAGAUCGCUGCCCACCAACCAGUCGGCGCUGGCGGCUUCAUUCACCAGCUUCCUUACCGUGUCCGUCCACCAAAUACUCUUUCUGCGCUCCGUCUACCCCCGCGCAACUUUCCUUCCCGUCCGGGCGUAUAACUAUCCCGUCCGACAAUCCCGUCACCCCAAGGUGUGCGACUACAUUAACGAUGCAUCGAUCGCGGUCGGGACAGAGAUCUUAAAAGGCACAAUCACCGCAGUCAGUAUCAUCAUCUCAUCCCUUCGCACAAAUCAGCCUCUGGAGCGAUAUGCCUUUGAUCUGUCGGGCUUCCCUCGUGCUCCCGCGGGAGAGGUGAAUACUACAUUUGAAGACCGAGAUGAAGAUUCAUCUGUGCCAGGUGCCCCCGUCUCAGACCGGGGCCCCGCGCCAACCUCGGUCGACCUUGAGGCCCAAUUCCGGGCCUGCCUGGCGCGUCUGGCCUCUGCCUGUGCCCGCCUAACCCCCUUGCCACGGGAUGACGAGUUUAGCUUCACCGUGUGCAUCGAAGUACGCGAGGAUGCCCUGCCACCCGCAGGCACCACCAAAGAAGAACAGACCUGGAUCGUGGCCGAGCCGGGCAAGGUGCACCUACGAUCCUGCACCGCACCCUUCUCCGUGUCAAAAUUGCGCAAUGCAGCCGCCCCCCGGGUAUCGAAUGGUCGUGCCAAGACGGUACCGGUACGACGUGUGGAAGCCGGGGAGCUGCGGUUGGAGUUGUGGGUGGAAGAGGCACGGCAGAAAUUUAACGAACCGGUGGACUCAGAACAGCCACCCUGA